AUGGCCCCCGGCAACUCCUCCCGCAACUUCUCGGUGCCGGAGGCUCGGAACGGCUCAGUAGCAGAGAAGCCAGCACCACACACCAAUGUGAUCAUGCCCAGUCUCUUCAGCAUCAUCUGCUUCCUGGGCAUCAUGGGGAACCUCAUUGUGAUCUUCACUAUCGUCAAGAAGAAGAAGCUGAGGUGCAAGCAGACCGUGCCUGAUAUUUUCAUCUUCAACCUCUCCAUUGUGGACCUCCUCUUCCUCCUGGGCAUGCCCUUCCUCAUCCACCAGCUCUUAGGCAACGGCUCGUGGUACUUUGGAGCUCCCCUGUGCACCAUCAUCACCGCCCUGGACACAAACAGCCAGAUCACCAGCACCAACAUCCUCACGGUGAUGACACUGGACCGCUACCUGGCCACCGUCUACCCCCUCAAGUCCACCUACGUUCGGACGCCGUGCGUUGCGGCUCUCGUCAUCUGCCUGGUGUGGCUCCUGUCCUUCCUGACCAUCAUUCCCGUGUGGAUGUACGCAGGCCUCAUGCCCCUGGAGGACGGGACUGUGCGCUGUGCUCUCCUGCUCCCCAACCCAGAGACCGACAUCUACUGGUUCACCCUCUACCAGUUCAUGCUGGCCUUUGCUGUGCCCUUGGUCAUCAUCUGCGUGGUCUAUUUCAAGAUCCUCCAGCACAUGGCCACCACCGUGGUCCCGCUGCCCCAGAGGAGUCUCCGGGUGCGUACGAAGAAGGUCACCCGAAUGGCAGUCGCCAUCUGUUCCGCCUUUUUUAUUUGCUGGGCUCCCUUCUACAUCCUCCAGCUUGUUCACCUGGGCAUCGACACCCCAUCCAUGGCCUUCUUUUACGCCUACGACUUUGCCAUUAGCUUGGGCUACGCCAACAGCUGCCUCAACCCCUUCCUCUACAUCGCCCUCAGCGAGACCUUCAAGCGCCAGUUCCUGGUGGCCAUUCGCCCCACCAAAGAGCCCUGUCGCAACAGCAGCUCUGCCAACAACAACAGCAUGACAGAGGCCAGCGUGUGCCUGAAGCUGGCGUCAGAAUCCACCCAGCAGACUCAGUUUCAGGAGGACUUUUCCCCACGCUCGCUGCCGGUGACUGUGGCUGUUCACUAGGGCACU